AUGGCCCGCUUCUACGUUCACGAGACAGCCAAAAUCGGCGACCUAGGUAACAAGCAAAUCCUAAGUCUAACAGCGGCGUUGUCAGAGAUGAAGAUUGAAAACGACCUGAGACGGCAGAUUUUGGAUGAUAUUCAACGCUUGAAGGAUAUUGGUACUGUCAGGGGUAGACGGCAUGCGCUGGGCUUGCCGGUCCGCGGACAGAGGACGAGGUCACAGAACAAAACGGCUAUCAAACUCAACAGGUUGGACAGACGGCUUGGGAUCAAAGGGCCGCGGUAA